CACCACUGCUGGCACCGGCUCGCCCUCCCUCAGCAGCAUUGCUCUGCUCCCCCCACAACGCCCAUUCCCCUUCAUCCUGGCCAUGCCACAAUCUCCUGCGAUCUUCAACCAACUAGCAGCUCCCCUCGGUCGAGUAUUCGCCCUCCAAGAUGGCCGUGAACAAAAAUGAUUCGAAUCACGAGCAAGGCGCGCGGAAGCCGCCCCCAGAACUCCUCCGAGAAGUAUCCCCGAAUCUAGCACCACCAGGUCCCCCUCCUCCAGCUUCCGCCGGCGCCGCCCCGUUAUUGCCUCCCCUUAAGAUCUCGAAGAUACUACGCAAGUCGCAAUCGUCCAAUUCACUGCUGGCUCGGGCGCGGCCAACAUCCCCAGCUACAUCGGCGUUUCCAGGACAUGGCCGUGUCGUCUCGUCCGCCGUGGACAGCCGACCGGCUGCAUCAUAUCUGGGGGCGGAUACUUUCGAUAACUUGGUGAAGAAGCGAAGGAGUUGGAUGCCAGGGUCAAGAUCUGCGUCGCGCCAUGCUUCGCGGGACUUCGACCCUCCCAAAAAUGCGGUUGCCUGGGUCGACACAGGAAAGGACAAGCUCGACUACUCUCUCGGCUUCCUGCAAAAUGGAGAGAGGGUACCAGAACUCUGGGAUGAGAGGGCCGAUGUGCUGGUAUAUCUCUUUCCCCGAGCGACCGGACGCGCCCCAUCAUUCAAGAUACCUUCCCUCGUUCUUGCAUCGUCCCGACAGUUCACCUACAUGAUGUACGGGGAUAGAUACACCAACGGCAGCGAGAGGAGUCCAACUCUCGACGGGAGAGGAACCCUUGUAGCUGAGGACGCUACUCCUCGUAGUCCGUCACUCUAUGCCCCCGGAACACCAACCGACACAUCCAACUCGAACGAGUCUGUCACGUUCUUCGGAGACUUGACAAAAGAGUACUAUCACCUCUAUGUCCCGACUUCUGCGACGGUGGUCGACCCUAAUCUUUCUCCACAAGACGUCCAAUCGCUCGUUGAUAUCCGAAACCUGUUCGCGUUCUUGGUCGGCAAGCCGCUGGUCGCGACCCGAGCAUGUCCCAGCCUCCUCAAAAUCUUUUUGGCCAUCUCUGCAUUGCUCAAGAAGUUUGAGUUCACAAACUUCGGCGGCUCCACAUAUGGAGAGGCGGCUGCUGCUAGCUUUAGCUUUUUUGUCGAUGACCUUAAACUGGCUGAUGUCCGUGACAACCGGGAAAAGACCGUCGAGGCAAUAAUUCUAGGGGAAGCCAUGCGCUCUUCUGAGCUCUAUACCGAGGCCUAUACACAUGCGAUCGGAAAUUAUCCUCUGGUGAAGAGUGUAGACCCAGGACUCUUUGGUCAAGUUUCCAAAAUUACUCGAACCCGCCUAGAACGAGCUUAUAUUGAUCUCAAAGCACGGCAGGCGUCUGCUCAUAUGAGACUGGCAAACUUUGAGUUUCCCUCUCUCUUCUCAGGCAUUGCUGCGUCUACAUCAAGUGAAGAAUCCAAGUACGUCCGUUUUAAGAAAUGGAAGAGCGAAUAUUUCUCAAUGCGCAAGCGAAUGCUCUCCUACUACAAGGACCUCCAUGGACAGUGGCCACCGAAGAGUAGCAGUAGGAAGAAUCCUUCCGUGGAGGGCGGGCUGAGUCGAUUGGUUUUGAAGGGCCUUUAUGCCGAUAUGUGCGACCUUUACGAUCUUUUGGUUGAUCGCGAGUCUCUGACUACUCGGUCCAUGGGAUCGGCAACCAACGCGGACUCGGAUGGCAAAACAUCAGACAAUCCGGAUAUAUUAGCCAUUGACCCCUCAUCUGCAGCCCUCAGAACACUCUUGGCCGAAUUCGACCGCGCUUCCCCACCAGUCGUCCCUCCGAUCCCGUUCGAUCUCCCCAAAAUCCCGACUAUGACAGCUGUCGAUCCUAAAUACCCUACUCUGGGACCAAAAGACCAGCAUCAGCUCUCUACCCGCAAACUCAAGCGUGACGAGACGGCUCGCAUCCUCACGCAAAGUCACAACACCGGCGAUGGUGCUGAUUCCACCACACCUUUCCUCAAGAUGUACAAGGAAUUUGAAGAGAAAGAGUCGCACAAUAGGAAUUGCCUAGAACUCACUGACGUGCGUUAUGGACACUGGAUCUUCCUUUAUUCCGUCAUCCAGUCUCUACCCCUGCUCACAAUGGACGCCCCUGGCUUGCAAUACACGGACGGAGUCGAGUAUUUCCUGUGUGAGCCGUCGUUGAGAACCCUGCCAUGGAUCGAAGAAGGUCCCUCGAUCGAGAAUGCAUGGUACGUCAACAAGGUGAGCGGUCAGACGGUCUCAAUGCCCCAGUUCGCAGUCGAUCAUGGCGUAGAGGGUACUUUCAGAAGAAGCCAUUGUUGGGCCAUGGCCGAGAAAUGGCUGCAGAGCAGCGAUCUAUCGAUUAAUAUCCCAGAAUCUGGUGAGGAUCAGAUCCCUCCAGAGCCAUUAUCCCCACUGGCUCCGCCGCCUGGCUUUGGCGAAGGAGAAUUUGGGCCACGACCCAUUUCUCGAGCAGGUAGCGCAGAUGGCAACCUUCCACUCAGAACCCGAGGGGACGCAUCUGACGAGCGCCGAAGCCGCAGUCGAAUGUCGCAACGAAAUAGCAUAGCAUUUCUGGAACGACUUCCCAAUCCAGCAGGGUUUGAUCCUAGUCGGCGGGUUAGUCGGACGAUGACGCCGGAUGGAGCUAGGAGUCUGGUAGGAUCGAGAACCAGCAGCCCCAUUGGAAUGGCCAUUGGUGGAGAAGGUCGACGGGGGUCGAGCAACCUCAGUGUGCCACCGACCCCGAGACCCGGUACGGCCGGAGGCGGGGCGAGGACGUUUGAUGAAAUCUUACAGGACGUGCCUCAGAAGGAACCGAAGACGGACAAGAAGAAGAAGUGGUCAAAGUAAGCAUGGGAGGCGGAGUCGGAUAGGGGUGGGCGGCAUAGGAUCUGUUAAAAGUAAAAACUAAAAAGUAAUCUGUACGAGUAAUAAGCAUACGACGGGGUCACGAAGUAUGUGCCCGUCGGCACGAUGGUACGAAUAAUAUACGAGUCAC